AUGAACAGGGCGGUCACGUUGCUCUCAAAGCGGCUGUCGCUCUUUCAACUCGGAAAGGCCGAGUUCCAUGGGCCGUCUUCAUCUGUGAUAGUGCCACUUCCACUGCCGGUCAGUCGAUUGCCGCUUCAAGAGCAGCCGGAAAGCAGGCGGCCAGCUCCAGGGCUCCAUCGCAUAAUUCCGCUCUCAUGCCCGACAACCGCAGGGAAUAGGGUGCUCAGUUUGCCCACUCUUAUCGAUAAUGCGCCAAGAGUUGCACCGUCAUGGGAAUCUCACUUUACGGUGAAGGUGGAUCCUGAACUGAACAAGCCAGAGAUUCAAGAGCCGACGACAUCGCACAAUACACCGAUGUACGCGGGGCCACGGGCGCUGACAAUUCGACGUCACAAGAUGCGCAAGCACAAGCGGAAUAAGCGCAUUCAGAGGGAUUGGUUCAAGUACCAGAAAUACCAUCGGGAGAAGAAGAUGCGGGCUGAAAAAGAGUUCGUGAAACGGAUGAAGGGCCAUCUCAGCGAACUGCACGCCUUCGACCCAGAAAAAUACAUUGAGGACACGAUAUCGAGGGCGAAGCGUGAAUGGUCGGAUGAGUUGGCGCCGACCGGAAGACGGCUGUACCCACAUUGGUCGAGGUUGAUGUCUCUGGAAGAACUAUACGGCUUGCAACAAAGCGAUUACAUCGACAAACGAGCCGGUUACCCUGACGAGGAGCAAAAAGAAAAGACCAAAGAGCUGAGGAAGAAAUACAGGCAAGAAUUCCUCGGGAUCCAGGCCGAGCUUGAGGAGGGCAAAGAGAAAAAA